GCUGUUUCCCACUUGCAAUUUGCCUUUUGUACAAAAUGGCGAGCAACGGCGUUGGGGAAGUUUCGCAGAAAAUGAAGGACCUUGCUGUAAAGGCUGCGAAUCCAAAGAAACAAAAAGGGGGCGAUGCUGCCUCGCUUGAGAUCACCCCACCACCGGAGUACAUCCAGUGGCGUAUCGACAUGUUUGAAAGGUUGAAGAAGGAAUACGAUGAAAAAGUCUCAAAAAUGCCGCGUGAAAACAUCAAAAUCACCUUGCCCGACGGGAAAGAGAUCUCAGGAACGUCGUGGGAAACGUCGCCAUUGGAUAUUGCCAAGUCAAUCAGCAAAUCUUUAUCAGAAAAGGUUGUGAUUGCAAAGGUUGACGGGCAAUUGUGGGAUUUACCCAGACCGUUGGAGCAAUCAUGUCAAUUGCAACUUCUGACCUUUGACGAUGAUGAAGGACAGAAAGUCUACUGGCACUCAUCUGCUCACGUGCUGGGGGAAGCUUGCGAACUUCACUACGGAUGCCAUCUCUGCCUGGGUCCUCCUAUUGAGCAAGGCUUCUACUAUGAGAUGGGCAUGGACGGAGCUGUGAAUGCUGCUGAUUACCCCGCGUUGGAAACCUUAGCCAAAAAGGCAAUUAAUGAAAAGCAGCCUUUCGAGCGGCUGGUGGUAGAGAAGGAAACUUUACUCGAAAUGUUUAAGCACAACAAGUACAAGCAGCACUUUAUCAAAGACAAAGUCCCAGAUGGCACUUCGACCACCGUCUAUAGAUGCGGCCCAUUGAUCGAUCUUUGCGUCGGACCGCAUAUCCCGCACACGGGGCGUAUCAAGGCUUUUGCCGUCACUAAGAACUCGGCGUCUUAUUUCCUGGCCGAUGCGAAGAAUGAUUCUCUCCAGCGUGUUUACGGUAUCUCAUUCCCGGACAACAAGCAAAUGAAAGAGUACAAGGAAUUCAUGGAAGAAGCGGCGAAGCGGGAUCACCGUAAGAUUGGCCAGGAGCAAGAACUUUUCUUCUUUGACGACCUUAGCCCAGGAAGUUGCUUCUUUCUCCCAGCUGGUGCCAAAAUCUACAACAAACUCAUGGAACUUCAAAAGGGCGAAUACCGAAGACGUGGAUUCCAAGAAGUCAUCACCCCGAAUAUGUACAAUACGAAACUAUGGGAAACUAGUGGUCACUGGGCGAACUACUCGGAGGACAUGUUCGUUCUUGAUGUCGAGAAGGAGAAAUGGGCUUUGAAGCCAAUGAACUGCCCAGGGCACUGCGUGAUGUUCAAGCACCGAGAGCGAUCUUACCGUGAGCUACCAUUGCGUUUGGCCGACUUUGGUGUGCUGCACAGAAACGAAGCAUCGGGAGCUCUGUCGGGAUUAACUCGUGUCCGACGAUUCCAGCAGGAUGAUGCUCACAUUUUCUGUACAAUAAGCCAGCUUGGAGACGAAAUCGACGGUUGCCUAGAGUUUCUGCAACACAUUUAUGGUAUUUUUAACUUUGAGUUCUACUUGAAGCUUUCCACCCGCCCGGAGAAGUAUCUGGGAGAUGUUGAAACCUGGGACAAGGCGGAGAAAAUCUUGGAGGAGGCUCUCGUUAAGUUUGGUAAAAAGUGGGAGUUAAAUCCGGGAGAUGGUGCGUUCUACGGUCCCAAGAUUGAUAUCGUCAUGACGGACGCGCUUCGUCGAAAGCAUCAAUGCGCUACGUUGCAGCUCGACUUCCAACUUCCUCAACGUUUUGAACUGCAGUACCGCUCUAAAGACAUGACAUAUGAGCGGCCUGUGAUGAUCCACCGUGCUAUCCUGGGUUCCGUUGAGAGAUUCAUUGCCAUUUUGACCGAGAAUUUCGCUGGCAAGUGGCCGUUCUGGCUGUCACCAAAGCAGGUGAUGGUCAUUCCUGUCGCUCCAAAGUAUAAUGAUUACGCGGCCGAAGUAGCACAGCUGCUGCAUGUGAAGGGAUUAAAUGCGGAGGCAGAUCUAAGUGAAUUCACUCUUAAGAAGAAGAUUGUUCGGGCGGAUCUAAUGGCCCGGUAUAACUUCAUCUUUGUUGUCGGUGAGGAAGAACAGGCUGCGCGGACUGUAAACUGCCGUAAUCGGGACGAUCGUGAGCUCGGAGGGAAAGGGCAGGUGGUGCCUUUGGAUGAAGUGAUUCCUAAGCUCCUAGCACUAGAGGAAAGCAAGUCGCUAAACCAGAUCAUCUAGACCAAUGCAGCGAUGGAAUUCGAUACAUUGUGAUGAUAUUUGAAGAUAGUUUUGAUUGUUUACAUAGAAAAGAAAGAGUACGCGUACUACUGGUCCGCCGUUGUUCAAUCGC